AACGUGCGAUAAUCUUAGACAUGGGGGACGCGAAGCCAUGGAAGCCGGCAGCCGGCACAGCCGAAGAGGCAAAUGUGGAAUCCGGUGCUAAGCUGGGAGCAGCGGAGAACUCGUUAUUACAUGUAGUGGAGGAGGUGGAACAUCCCGUCAAGCACAACCCUAUCGUGGCGUUUUUCUUGUUUCUGGGCUCGUUUAUGAUUCCUGGCCUUGGCAUGUUCUGUGAAGCCUACUUCGUUUUCGCUGUCGGGAAUCUUUCAGCUUUGUGGAAGCAAGAAUACCCCCUUUGCUGGGCUAAACACCAGACGUGUCCACUCAAGCUCUCGGACUCUAUCACAUAUACACAAGUCUGCGGUAUCAUUUUCGGUCAAAUAGUCCUGGGAUUUUUCGCCGACCGAAUCGGGCGGAAAUGGGGUUCAGUCUCAACGGCAGGAACUAUGGUCAUCGGCGCUAUCCUAAUUAUCGCAUCCAAGGGCCCGACGGAGAGGGCCUUGUGGGAGAUGUUUACAGCUGUGCAAUUCAUCUUUGGAAUCGGUGUUGGUGGUGAAUAUCCUGUUGCGUCGACCUCCGCCAACGAGCGCGCUGAGUCAUCCACAAAGCUGCAGAAACGCCGUGGCGAAACGGUCGUACUGGUGUUCAGCAUGCAGGGCUGGGGAAACCUAGUCAACACCGCCGUCAUCAUCGCCAUUAUGGCCGGUUUCCAUCAAUACAGCAAGCCUUACAGCACGUAUGCGCUGGAGGUGACGUGGCGUCUGUCUUACGCCAUCGGGCUCAUCCCCCUUAUCGGCAUUUUCCUGUACCGCAUUUUCCGCCUGAGGGAGUCCGCCGUGUGGCAAAAGAAGCGCGAGGCACUCAAGGCCAUGGGAGGUGAUCGUGCCAAGGGUGUCCAGUGGCGUAAGUUCGGUCUCCUCAUGUACUACUACUGGCACCGUAACUUCGGCACGGCCAUGAGCUGGUUCGUCUGGGAUUUUGCCUUCUACGGCAACAAGCUUUUCCAAGGCACAUUUAUCAAGAUUAUCAACCCGACGGCCAGCCUCAUUCAAGUCCUGGAGUGGACCUUGCUGAACAGCGCUGUGGCUCUUGUGGGUUACUACUUCGCCGCCUUCACGAUUGACAAGCCGUGGAUGGGUCGCAUGCGCAUGCAGAUGCUGGGAUUCACUUGGAUGUUCGUACUCUUCCUGAUCUGUGCCGUGCACUACAACAAGCUACUUGCAAAUUAUAUCCAUGCCUUCCAGUUCAUGUACUACUUUUCAUCUUUCUGGGGCCAGUUUGGUCCCAACGCCACCACUUGGUUGCUGCCUGCUGAGCUGUCUCCUACGGAGGUUCGCUCGAUGUGCCACGGCUUUUCUGCCGCUGUCGGCAAGGCCGGUGCGCUGGUGGCGGGUGUCGUCUUUAACCUCGUGGACAACCGCGCCAAAUUUUGGAUCAGCGCCUUUUGCGGAUUGGCAGGAAUCAUCCUCACCUUCUUUACGAUUCCCGACAUCACCGGUCUGGAUCUUCGUGAGGGCGACCGCCGCUGGCUGGCGAUCCUUGAUGGACACCACGACUACUACCAUGGUGAAGCGGUCAACCCGAGGUACCUGUCUGUUGUGGAGCGCAUGCUCGGCUACGGGCGGCUCUACCGCCCAGAUGGUGCUGCUGACGCGGGCGUGAUGGCGUACAAGGUUGUCAAGGCCGCCGAACUGACGACCCAGAAGGUUGCGGAGACGGAGGCCGCGAAGUAGUCGCUGGACUUGUAUCGGAGGGAAAUUUUUCCUCGUAUCUUGUAAGAGUUUCGAAUGGUGGAGGAGAGGUAUCCAGCUGUUUAGGCUGCUGUCAGUCAGUGUUUGAUGUGACUUAUCUUUUUAAGUGCUCAGGAUGUGUUUCUUGUUGACUGAUGCCACGCGAUCCUCACAUGGAGGCCCGAGGAUUGUUCGGGGUGAGCCUUUUAAUGUUAUGGCCGAAUGUUCAGAUGGAGUUCGGUAUAGAUUGGAAGGAUGGGUGGGCUGCUGGUAAGUGACCCGCACGUAGGUGAUGGCUUGCCACGAGGAGAGAAGAACACAAUUGGGGGAGGAUAAUGAAAUAUCUUGUUUUACGUGAAGCGUAUGCUAAGAGUGAGCCACAGUGUACUGUUAGCAUUCGUUGAAAUGGAUAACGCUGAUGCAGAUGUGUAUAAAAAGCUUUGAGAGUACUGAAGUCGUGGGCUGGCUGCUGUUCGGUGCUUGCGGCCGGGUGCUUGCGGACUGCCGACUCGCAGCAUGUGACUUUGCAGGCAGGGCGUGUCGCGCCGUACAGUGCAAACCUGGGUUCUUGUAUUGGUGUCUGUUGAACAUGCGAACGGAGUUGGGAUGCAUUCGGGACGAAUGACCAACGAAGGGCGCGAUAACGGCAUUUCCUAUUUCACCGCCCACGAAUUACGUUGGUAUCCGCUGCAUCUUGAGGAGGUCGCAAAGCAAACAGUUAAUCUGCCGUUUUGCCGUUUGUGUGUCGCUUCUGGGCGCGAGCAAUUCUGUUCUGUCGAUGUAAGUUAAGGACAGUCAGUUCGGUUGUGGACAGUUACGGUCGGUGUUUCCGUUGGUGUGCUGUUACGGAUGGAGGUAGCGGACAUUGAGCGCUUCUCUGGAGAUCAUAGCAGGGUCCGUCUCGGGCGUCUCUAGCUUCGUCCACAAGGAAUACAUGUAGGGUGUACAUGUCCUUAUUCCAUGUGCGCUGCCAAGGCAAGCACCACCAAUAAGACCGUUACGUGUUAAUAAGUUUAUCUUUCUUGCAAGUCGUCUAUAUUGACCGACCGUCGUUGCUGGCAGGAGUUGAUUUUGGGUCGACAAUUUCAAUAUCAACCUAGAGAUUUUGAGAAGUGAGUAAUGUGAAGAGUCCGUUUACCUCGGAAAUUGUUCAGAUUUGGUGUGAAACAAGGCAUUUU